AUGUAUUGUUUCCUAUGUUCCACAUUGGAUGAAGUAGCUUGUUACGAUUUUGAGAAAAAUUGGCUUAGAAAUAAUAUAGCACCUAGCGACGAGGUGCUACGUUGUUGGAAUGACACAUUUUUAAUUCGUUACAAGGAAAUUUUGGAAAACCAACAAUCAGAUCGUCAACAUAUCAUCGAGCAGUGGCCAAGAUUAACUGAUCCUGAUGGCUAUUUGUUGGUUGAUGCAGAUUUCAUUGCUUUAUUUGGUGCAAACAAGACAGAUUUAUUCAACGAAUGGGAUAAAUUUUCACACACGUUCGAAAAAUACAUAAAAAAUUCGCAGAUUAAGGACAAAUUCAGCUUGACCCUUUCAAAACAGUUGGACUCAGAAGGGAUACAAGCAGAUUAUCGAUACUAUAUCAUCUCUGUAUUGUUCCACUCUAUCAUAAAACCAAUUCGAACAUCAGAAAACAAAUUACCUACGAUUGUUCAAGCACAGAGGGAUCUAUGUGUGAUAUGCGAUAGCGAAGACGAGUGCAUUAAUACCAUCAAGUCAAUGCGUGACGACUUCAAAGCUGCUCAACAAUCACUAUUUCCACGCAUUUUCACAAUAAAACAAGAAGAUUCGCUGACUAAAUUUUUCGUUGUGUGCAACGGGCUGGAGUUUAAAUUGCCUACAUAUUUGCGAGCCUUGGAUGUAGCACUCAAACUAAAAUUCGUAUUAAACGUGAAAUUUUCUGAGAGUACGGAACUAUUUUGGGGAUUCGUGACACGUCAUUUCUAUAACAUAAACUAUCAAAAUAAGUCAAAGAAUAACCAAAUUUUACUACUAGAACAAUAUUUAUUGAAUCAGAAAUAAAUAUGGCCGGCAUAUCCUGCUUCAAGUGCGGACAA